ACUCCGAGCGCUGCAGCUGGACAAGAGGCCAGUCAGGGCGUGGGGAAGACACCAGCAGACAACCCGAGGGCAGGUGGGGCCGUUUCUCUCGCCCCACUCGUUAGGCCACACAAGGUUGCAGGCCCAGGAUGGCUUACUGGGAGGAGCAAGGCGGAGUCCCCUGUGGUUUCAUCCGCCAGAACUCCAGCAACUCCAUUUCCUUGGACUUUGAGCCCAACGCAGAGUACUGGUUUGUGGAGCAGCUGGAAGAGCGCUACAAAUGUGCCUUCUGCCACUCGGUGCUGCACAACCCCCACCAGACGGGCUGCGGGCACCGCUUCUGCCAGCACUGCAUCCUGUCCCUGAGAGAAUUAAACGCAGUGCCAAUCUGCCCUGUAGAUAAAGAGGUGAUCAAAUCUCAGGAGGUGUUUAAAGACAAUUGCUGCAAAAGAGAAGUCCUCAAUUUAUAUGUGUAUUGCAAAAAUGCCCCUGGAUGUAAUGCCAAGAUGAUUCUGGGACGAUAUCAGGACCACCUGCAGCAGUGCCUGUUCCAGGCCAUUCCGUGUUCCAACCAGAACUGCCAGGAAGCCGUGCUCCGGAGAGACCUGCAGGAGCACCUGAGCACAAGCUGCCAGUUCCGGGAGGAGAAGUGCCUUUACUGCAAAAAGGACGUAGUGGUAGUCAGUCUCCAGGUGACAGGGCAGUCUCCUUCCUGGGACCACACUCUGCUGAGCAGUCGCGGUGGAGUAGGCGGGAGGGACACUGGAAGUUCUUGGCCGAAGCUGUCUGCACAGAAUCAGAAUCACGAGGAGAACUUGUGUCCUGAGUACCCAGUAUCAUGUCCCAACAAGUGCUCGCAGAUUAUUCCAAGAACCGAGGUGGAUGAACAUCUUGCUGUGUGUCCAGAAGCCGAACAAGACUGUCCUUUCAAGCCCUACGGCUGUGCUGUACAGGGUAAGCGAGGGAACCUGCAAGAGCAUGGACAGUCAGCCUUGCGAGAACACAUGCUUCUGGUUCUGGAGAAGAACUUCUGCUUGGAGGAGCAGAUUUCUGACUUAUAUAAGAGCCUAGAACAAAAAGAAAGUAAAAUCCAGCAGCUAGCAGAAACUGUAAGGAAAUUCGAAAAGGAGUUCAAGCAGUUUGCACAGCUGUUUGGCAAAAACGGAAGCGUCCUCUCAAACAUACAGGUGCUUGCCAGUCACAUCGACAAGUCAGCCUGGCUGGAAGCUCAAGUAUGUCAGCUCUCACAGACGGUUAGCCAGCAGCAGCAUAAACUUGACAUGAGGACUUUGGUGGAUGCGGUGGAUGCAGUGAGGCAGAAAAUCACCCUGUUAGAAACCAAUGACCGACGACUAGUUGUUUUAGAAGGGGAGACUAACAAACAUGAUGCCCACAUUAACAUUCAUAAAGCACAGCUGAAUAAAAAUGAAGAGAGAUUUAAACUGCUCGAGGGUGCCUGCUACAACGGGAAGCUCAUUUGGAAGGUGUCAGACUACAAGGUGAAGAAGAGAGAGGCAGUGGAUGGGCACACGGUGUCCGUCUUCAGCCAGCCGUUCUACACCAGCCGCUGCGGCUACCGGCUCUGCGCUCGAGCGUAUCUGAAUGGGGACGGGUCCGGGAAGGGCACACACCUGUCCCUGUACUUUGUGGUGAUGCGGGGAGAAUUUGACUCACUGCUGCAGUGGCCAUUCAGGCAGAGGGUGACCCUGAUGCUUUUGGACCAGAGUGGCAAAAAGAACCACAUUAUGGAGACCUUCAAAGCUGACCCCAAUAGCAGCAGUUUUAAGAAACCCGAUGGGGACAUGAACAUUGCAUCUGGCUGCCCCCGCUUUGUGGCUCAUUCCACGUUGGAGAAUGCCAGGAACACCUACAUUAAAGAUGACACGCUGUUCUUGAAAGUGGCCGUGGACUUGACUGACCUGGAAGAGCUCUAGUUCCCGUUUAGGGAGUGAUAAGAAAACUUCUUGAGUCCAGAAGCGUGGAGGAGGACGCACGUGCUGGGUUUAGACUCAGUGCGCCCUUGUAUUGGGCUUUUUGUCUUUUAUCUUUGAAGUUAGUUGAAAACUUCCAAAGUACUGUUUUCUUCAUACAUUUUACUCUGCUGCAGUUGAAAACUUAGAACUCUUAGAAUACCUUCUUGUUAUUUAUAUUUUAUAUCUCACAGAAGAUUUCUUUAAAGUGAAGUCUGAGGCUUGUCUCUUAUUGGUGCUUAGUGCAGUGUCUCAGGUACUCCACUCUAACCCUGAGGACACAAAGGUAGCAGAAUUCCCAGCUGAAAAUGCUUCGGCAUUAAUCGGAUCUAAACAUAGGAGCUCGUGUUCUUUUUGGAGACAGUUUGAAGUCACACAUUGCUGUGAGAAUGGGCAUGUACUUAAGCUUGUAAGUUUCUUGUCUGAGUCCAAACUCCUUUCUGAAGAACAGACGUGAUCGCGUUCCGUAUAGAUCUACAUAUACUCGAAUCAAGAUGAGCCCAAUGACUCUUGAUAAGCCUGAGCUUAACCCAAACAGUAGUGUUUUCUUAACUUGAAAUGCACUGUUAUGCCCCUUGCAUUGCUCCUACAUGGGCUGGUUCUCCUGAGUAUUUGAGGACAAGUCCAUGGCCCCAGGGCCCAAGGGCAACUGCACGUCUUACAAUUUCUGUACAGUUCACCCACUGAUGAGCCAUGAAUUGUAUAACUCACUUCUAGGAAUGACAGGAACCUUCUUACUUUCUCCUGAGGAAUUUUCAAGAUGCUAAAGACUCAUAUACCACAGGUAUCAUCCCUGAGGAUUAAAUUCAAAGAAAUAGAUGCACAAUAGAAUUGUACUGGAGAACUACACUGUGGCUCCUGGCAAGCUCUCGUACAGUUGUGAUCAACACAUCACCUCAGACAAACCAGACACACCCUGUAACCCACAAGGCUGGACUGGGGCAUUCUGCUCGUUUGUCUCUUUCUAACCAUGUCCAAGGUCACUCUGUCUCCUGGGAGCAGAAGAUCAUGCAUGUUGUAAUUAGUUUUAAGCAGUUGAUUUGGAGAAUAUUUUAAAGUGAACUUGCAAAAUACUGGCUUUGUCUGUUCAUAACUUCAGUGUAUACAAAGUAUGUCAUGGUAUGCUUUGUUUAGGAAUUCGGGCUCUAUCACUGAUAUAGUGAUUAAGUGAAAA